AUGAAAAAAGUUACUUGAAAUCCUCCAACAAGAUCCUGAUUGUAUCUUAGAUACAUUAACCUCUCGGAGGCUAAUUUCUGAGGAAGAGUAUGAGAUUCUGGAGAAUAUUACAGAUCCCAUGAAGAAAAGUUGGAAGCUGUUAAUUUUGGUACAGAAAAAGGGAGAAGUGAGCGGUCAACUUUUUCUCAACUGUUUACUUAGUACUUUUUCAGAGUCAGCUACCAUUUGGGACUUAAGUCACUUAAAUCAUGAACUUUUAAAACAUGAGUAUAUGGAGCCACUGCAACCUUUGGGGGUAAGCAGGGAAGGUAUUUUUUAUUCCUGGAGAGAAAGAGCCUGAGGAUCCUGAGAUCACCGUGUCCUUCAAAGAGAAAGAACACUUGGAUUUGGAAACCUCUGAGUCUUUCACGGACAAGAAGGCUGGUUAUCAGGAAACUGCUUGGUCCUCAAGGGAAAAUGAGAAGGAAUACAACACACCAAAAUUCACAUCUCUGCAACUGGUUGAGAAUGUUGAAUAUGAAUUUCCAGCAACUAUUGAGUAUUUACAGGAUGAACAGAGAUAUGAGGAGCCAGAUGAUUUUUUACACUUAGGAAAAGAGGACUAUCUAGAAUCUGUUGGGUACUCUGAAGAUGGAGACACCCCCGUGGAAGAGGAUGCUUAUGAUGACCCAGAGUGCAUUAUCUAUGACAGCAAAGAGGACUCUUUGUAUUCUGAAACCAUGGAAUUCUCUGAUGAAGAACAGAAUUAUGGGGAUUCAGAAACUGGCAUGUCAUUGGAGGAGGAAGAGGAGAAAAGUAUGGAAGAAAGAAGAAAGUGUUUAAAGAUGUCCUGUCCUGUUUAAACCCAGAUACAAGCAGAAAGCUUCUGCCAGAUUUCGUUAAACAAUUCUUCUUAGACCGAGGAUGUAGGUGGGUGACUGAGACUCCAGGUGACUUAGCCUGGAACUUCCUGAUGAAACUUCAAGCACUGGAUAUGACAGUCAGAGAUUCAAUCCUCAGACAUAAGGUUCUGGGUGAAGAUAGCAAAGGGGAAUUUUUGACUGGAGUAGAGAAUUUGGAAAUUAGAGAAAUAGAAACCAUUAAUCCCCUUGAUGUCCUUUGUGCCUCUAUGCUGUAUUCAGAUAGCUCUUUGCAACGUGAAGUCAUGUCAAACAUGUAUCAGUGCCAGUUUGCCCUUCCCUGCUACUGCCAGAUGCAGAAAAGAACAAAAGCAUUUUAAUGCUGGGGGCCAUGAAGGACAUUGUGAAGGAGCAGUCAACGCAGUCUUCAGGAAGGCCUACAGGGGAUACAGAAAAUUUCUGACUCUCAUGAAGAUGCCUGUCAUCUCUUUUGUGCAUCUAGGAUACUGUAGCUUCUCCAAGUCCAGCAUCCUCAACACACUGCUCAGCCCUGCCCACCUGAAAUCACACAAAAUCUUUCUCCAUCAGGAUUUGCCUGUUCUGGUGCUUCCCCAGCAGAUCUCUGAUGGCCUGGUUGAGGUAACGUGGAGUUUUCCUGAUAGUGAUGGUCUAAAGGAAAACCCCAGUUUUUUCCAGAAAGCUGUUGCUGUGGCCAACCUUCGUGGGGAUCUAGAAAGUUUUUGGACACAGUUUGGUUUCUUGAUGGAAGUUUCCUCAGCUGUGUUUUUUUUCAUUGACUGCCUAGGUGAGAAGGAAUGGGACUUGCUAAUGUUUUUAGGAGAAGCUGCCAUUGAAAGAUGCUACUUUGUCCUCAGUCCCCAGGCAAGGGAGAAUGAGGAGGCUCAGAUUAUCCAGAGGAUCCUGAAGUUGAAGCCAUCACAACUACUGUUUUGGGAGGAGGAGGAAGCUGGAGAGAGAGGGAGGAACAUGGAGGGUCUUCAAGCUGCCCUGAAAGAAGUGAUGUCCUCUUCACUCAGAUGUGUGUCUGUGGAGGACAUUGCACCCCUGGCCAGGGAGUUGGGGAUACAGAUAGACCAUGAAUUUGAGAACAUGCAGGGUAUUCAAGUUUCCCCUACUGAAAACUUGGCUGGAAGAGCUGAAGAUGAGGGACCACAAAGACACAGUCAGCCAAAAAACUCAUCUGAAAGCCCCGCUUAGAUGUCAGUAAGAGAGGCUGAGGCUAGAUGUGAGAUCAGCCAAAAUCUUCAGAAUUUCCAUCUCACCCCAGUAUUCAUGCCUCUUCUGAAAAACUGCCGUCCUUUACCAACCAGAAUUGGAGCCCACAAGAAAGAAGAAAAAAAUCAUUAAUGAUAUGGUGUGUGCUGGGAUAUUGCUUUAGGUUCCUGGGACCUCUUGCAACAUUGGCCAAAGAUCAGUAAGCAAUGCUUGGUGAGCUGAGGAGAUAAAACUUAAUGGAAAAGAGUAUUUAUUUAUUUCUGGCAAUGUGCCAGGCACCUGAUUGGAUACUUUCACAUAUAUUUUCUCAUUUGGAAGAGCCAAGAGAGAAAUAAGAAAGAGUUCUCUCAUCCAAGGUCAACUAUAGGCAAAAUGAGCUUUCCCUAGCAACCUGCAAAUAUAACCUGCCUUGGAUAAAAAGACACCAGAAAUUUCUCAAAGGCCAGUGGUUCAUAUGAUGUGUUCUCAACCUACCUCCAGUUCAAGCUGGAAGUGUCAGAGAGUUGAUGAGUCCAGAAGCCACCCUUAACCAAUGAUAAACAGGGUGCUGGUAAAUAUAGCCUUACCCCCUUGUUGGAAUAACUCUGUGACAUGCUCUUCAAUGUCUCCCAGAUUUCCUCAUUGGGACUGAGCUAUAAUUGCCUCAGUAUCUUGCAUAUUAAAGUACCUUUUAUUGACUUCCUUUCCUUCCCAGUCUCACUUUCUUAUCCCUCAGCAGUGCUUUCUAGGAUCACUUCACUUCACAAAACAACCCCCAAAACACAAGAAACCCCCAAACCAAAAAAACUAAAAAAAAAAAACCCACUUGCAAUUGAAUUCUUGUCUCAGAUCUG